AAAUAUACAGAUCAUCCAUCCCUUCUUGAGCAUGCCCUCUGACAUUAAUUAAUCAAUCUCUCUCUUCUCUAUGGGUGCGCUUGAUCACAUCUCAGAAUUUUGCAAUGUUACGGAGACAAGGAACGCAUUGCGAAUCAGAAAGAGGAAGCCUCUACAGACUGUUGAUCUGAAGGUAAAGAUGGACUGCGAUGGGUGCGAGAGGAAAGUGAAGCAUGCGGCUAAAUCAGUGAGAGGCGUGACGAGUGUGGUGGUGAACAAGAAAAUAAGCAGGGUGACGGUGACGGGGCACAUCGAAGCAAAGGAUGUGAUACGGAAGAUAACGGACGCUGGGAAGAAGGCGGAGCCAUGGCCGUACGUCCCCUACAACCUGGUGGCGUAUCCUUACGCCGCCGGAGCAUACGACAAGAAGGCGCCGUCCGGUUUCGUCAGAAACGUGGCGUCGGCGUCGGCGCCUCCGAGCGCGCCGGAUGUCACGUAUAUGUCCCUCUUCAGCGAUGAGAACCCCAACGCAUGCAGCGUCAUGUGAGAGUAGUCCAGGCUCAUCGAUCGAGUUUGUAAAAUUUUGACUCGUAUGUGUGGAAGAAAGUUAGCGUCGACAGUCCUGAGCCUAGCUAUGUUUAAUAUAAAUAUCUACACUAUUCCAGAUAUAUAUUCACAAACUUUUUUCA